CUCUCAGCUGUUAGUUGUGUUUCUCGCCAUGAACAAGUUACCAGAAGAACGCUUUGACGUCCUGUGUGGCUUUCUUGAGCCGCAAGAGACAGCUUUUGUUCCGUGCGUGAGCAAAGCGGUACACACCACAAUCACGGUGGCUGUGCCGGGGUAUCGUAUGCGGCGCUUCAUCGAGGCUCACCGCGUGAGAGCUGUGCUGGCCGUGCGGGAGCCCCGCCUGCGCUCAGCCCGCAAGAAACUGACGCCGCUCCUGUACAUGCUCGAGAAUGCCGGCAACAUUAUCAGCUGGCAGCAGGUAAUACAUGCCCUUUCACCGCAUGCAUGGCAUUGCAUACACGCAUCCCAUCACAUGUGUGCGCCUUUGUGUGUCUGUAGGUGCUGAUAUAUGCCUACGUAUGCGGCAGGGUGAAGGAGGUGCCGGUCAAGGUCGGUGAGGACGUGGCCGGGGCAGUGGACAAAGCUGCCUUUGACCGCCGCCCCAAGAGCAUGCGGCAGCUGUCCCUCUUCAGCCACCAUCUGAAGCCGACAAACCACAUGCUGCUGACGCCCAAGAAGCUGCCGGGGGGCGGGGUGGGGGAGACGAAGGACCGGCUAGGGAGGGAUUUCGUUACGGUGUACGCGGCGCCCAUCCCCGGCGCUAAUCAUCGGGACCCCCAGCAACUUGACGACCAGAAUCGGCCGCACCUAUCACCCUCGCACCCGUUCAGCGGCAUUCGCCCACUUGUGGGUCCGUGUCUCCUGCCUUUUGAGGAGAACGACCCGCCCGUCGAAGGUAAUGUGACGCAUUCAAAUGCGACAGGCCUACCUCCUCGGGUUCAUGUGCAUUCGAUGGCUGCCUGCCUGCAGUUGGAGGCGAUGACUUUCUCGGAAUUCAGAGCGCUGUCGUCCAUCGGUGGGCAAUUGUCGGUGGGCGGGAGACGCCAGCCGAAAUACACAGGCGAAAUGCAAUGAAUGUUGUCUGCGCGUGUGCAGGGUGCAGCAGCACUCCCGCUUCCGUGAGAUCUUGACCAGUCCUCACAACAGAACCUCUGUAGGGUUCGCCCGCACACACGCGCUGAUAAUCAGGUGUGCAGAGGCACGCACAAUACGCCUGAGGAUGCGUGUGAGGAUGUGCGCCAGAUGUGUGUCUUGAUGUAUGUAUGCAAUGCAUAUGCAGAAUCCGGCAGUGCCUUUCUGGGGCUCACAGCGCCUGACCUCGACCCGCCGGUGGGCGCAUCCCGGGCAGGUAAAUCUAUUAUUCGUCGGUCUGCCAAGAACUAACGAGCCAGGACGUCGCAUGACGCGCACCAUUGUCAUGGGGGCGCCACGGACCCCGAGGAGCCCUUCGCAUGCUACAUCGAGCUGACGACGACAGACAACCUGACGGCCCACGACAGCAGCGUGGCCAAAGUCUAUACGACUGAGCUCCCGCAGCCCAACGCUGGUCACGGCGGGCUGGCAGGCGCCUAUGCGCAAACGGUGGCUCUGGUGCGACAGGCACUUGGCCUGCAGGACGCACACGCAAUCCUGCGGCUGUGAUGGACGAGAGAGAGGGAGGGAGAGGGAGAGGGAAGCAGACUGCGGAUUGCGGGGGUACUGACUGUUGCGUGUUGAUCUUGAUGAUGGACAUGCCUGCAUGCAUGAGUGAUCUGAAGUGAUA